AUGAGCCUCUAUCGCUCAUUAGGGCUCUUGACAAUCAAGAACUCUGCAACAACGCUACCUAGCGCCAUAAAACUGAGGAUUGUGGUUUGUGCGACUCGCAAUCUUACCACGACCAGACAUGGGCAAGUUGUGGGUCGCCGGUGGCCGCCCAGCUCGACAUCUGUGUCUAGCCAACUAGUUACAGCCAGCCAUGGCCAUACGCUUUUAAAGGAUUGCGUAACUCGUUCACCCCCGGCCUGGAGGUGCAUUAGAUCAAUUGUGGAGGCAAAGCGAGCUUACAACUCUCAGUCUGGUCGCAGAACGCAGGAUACCACAGCGCAAGACGAUGGCUCUACCAAUAAAACACUGCCAGACAAUGGGGCUGCUGGAGCUAAACUAUCAGAACACCAGCAUCACGUCAAGCUGCCUGUUUCGGGGCACGCUAUUCUGGAUGUUGACUUAACUUCCCAACAGAUAUCACACAUUUCUCAGGAUAUAAUGCCUCCCUCGCCGGAAUACUGGGACCAUAGAUUGUUGAAAAACCAGGAUGGAGAAACUGUGCCCAUACAUUACUGCUACUCCCUCAAACACACAGAGAGCGUGGCACAGCUAUUCCUUGAUGAGCCCGUACUUGGAUUCGACCUGGAGUGGCAACCCCAAGCCUCCAAGUACAGUACAAUCCAAGAAAAUGUUUCGCUCAUUCAGCUCGCCAGUCGUGAACGAAUCGCACUUUUCCACGUCUCUCGGUUCAAACCCGCAGCUAAUCUCGAGGAUCUCGUAUCUCCAACGCUCAAGCAGAUUUUGGAGAACCCAAAUAUCACAAAGACCGGUGUAGCAAUAUCAAAUGAUUGUACUCGUCUUCGGAAAUAUCUAGGGAUUGAGGUCCGCGGCAGAUUCGAACUCAGCCACCUUUAUAAACUGAUCAAAUACAACAACUCCGACCCAACUUUGAUCAACAAACGUCUCAUUAGUCUUACACGGCAAGUUGAAGAACACCUCGGGCUUCCGUUAAGGAAAGACUCGUAUGUGCGGUGCAGCGACUGGAAUCGCGCGCUUACAAGCAACCAGGUUUUUUAUGCCGCUGCCGACGCAUAUGCCGGCUUCCAUUUGUUCCAUACUAUGGAUGCAAAGCGAAAAGCACUUGAUCCUGUACCACCUCUACCAGCACAUGCCGAGCUGAACCGCCCGAUACGGGUUGCGCAUGCUCCGAAGACUGGUGUGCAAGUCGAAACAGCCGGUGCUCGUAACACUGGGCCUAUUAGUGGGGUUGGGUCUGUUUAG